UGUUCAAUUGAUGCUAGUGUUCUUGCCAUCAUGUUGUUCGCGUAUCGCUGGGUGUUGGCAACCCUUCCAUUUCUCGUAUUUGUUGUUGCCUCCUCCGGCGACAGAGCAUCAAACUUUCAGAACUGCGUCUCUGCAUGUUAUGGAGACCAUUGCCAUCCUCAGACGACACUUUCACUUGGCCUCAGACUGACGCGUUGGACGUGUACAGACGACUGCAAAUACAAGUGCAUGCAUAUGCUCACAGAUAUCGCAAUCCGUGAAAGUUCGAAGAUACAUCAAUAUUAUGGAAAGUGGCCCUUUUGGCGGCUCUUCGGAAUGCAAGAGCCAGCCUCUGUUGCGUUCUCACUGUGGAAUAUGUACUAUCAUAUCCAAGGAUGGCGCCAGCUUCGCAGCAAAAUACCAAGUGACCACCCGAUGCGAUCUUACUACUUAACAUGCGCCAUAGUGAGCGUUAACGCCUGGCUCUGGUCCGCAGUGUUUCACACAAGAGAUUUGCCAAACACAGAAAAACUGGAUUACUUCUCUGCUGCUCUCGUCAUUUUAUAUUCCCUGUAUCACACGGUUUUACGGCUCUUCAAUCAAUACCCCACCCGUUCGCGUGAGGAUGGCCGUAUCCAGCGCACCCCCGUACACGUUUUAUGGUCGUCCAUUUGCACUGUAGCUUACCUUGCCCAUGUCACCUAUCUCAGCAUUCUACCACGGUUUGACUACAGCUAUAAUAUGGCAUUUAACCUCACUGUUGGCUUCACGCAUAAUCUGCUGUGGCUGCUAUAUUCCCUUCCCGUAUCGUUACCCCUCAUUCGACGCUUUCCUUUCAAAUCAAAAACGUACAGACCAUCAUACGCAUCUGAGGUAGCAGUCUUUGUCGCUCUUAUGACGGCUGCAACUGCUCUAGAGCUCUUCGACUUCCCUCCGUGGGGUCGCAUCAUCGAUGCUCAUGCCUUGUGGCACCUCAGUACCGCCCCUAUCACAAAGUUCUGGUAUGACUUCCUGAUCAAAGAUUCGUUGGAUGACGGAUGGAGGGAACCAAAGAGAUAAAUUGUUCAAGCGUCUGAAAGCUCCUGCUCUAGCCUGUUCAAAGACUGCAUUUUCUCCGUUUCUGUUCAAGCACGAGUAGAGAAACUGCAACAUCGUUAGCGUCUUCACUUCCUCGCUUCAGCAUAUCGCACCUAGUACUGUAUCCAAGGAAUCCACCACAGAUGACUCGAUCUCCAAAAAUGCCUGUUGCGAUACCAUGGUCACCAUGAAGUGGCGCCUGUGGGGAUAGAAUGUUGCUAUGGGGGUCGGACUUUGGGCUCCACUCUCAUCAAGGCUGCGAAGCUGUCACUUGUCAGCCCCACUGUAUAAAUAUUGUUGUACCAUUUCCUAACCUCCAAAUUGGAACCUGCUACAACCC